AUGGCUGUCCACUUGCAAGCCGAGGGAUUUGGAUACGAGCUGGAUAACUUUGUGGCGAGCUCGCUGGUGGACAUUUAUGCCAGGUGUGGGAGCAUGAGGGAUGCUCGCAGAGUUUUCGAUCGAAUGCCGAGCCACAACUUGGUGGUCUGGACGGCAUUGAUCCUGGGCUAUGCUACGAACGGGGAGAAUGAGGUUGGCCUCAGGCUCUUCGCUCGGAUGCUUGGCGAAGAAGAAGGACGCAGGACAGAUUCGCAGGCUUUUGUUGCUGCGCUCAAAGCUUGCACGGGGCUGACGGACAGAGAGGUGGCAAACGACUCAGGUGUAAAGAUCCAGUGCUUGGAGAAAGGCAUGGCUGUGCAUCGUGAAGCUGCCAAGAGUGGAGUUGCAACGGAGAUGUUCGUGGGAAGUGUCCUGGUGGAUACAUACGCGAAGUGCGGAAGCAUGGAGGACUCCCGCAUCGUGUUUGAGAAGAUGGUGGCUCAGGACGUGGUCUCGUGGACCGCUCUCCUGUCACAGAAUGGCGAGAGCGAGCUGACCCUUCGGAUGUUUGAGAGAAUGAAAGCCUCGGGAUGUGCACCGAAUGCUCAGACGUUCGUGGCAGUUCUUCACGCGUGCACGAACUUGGCUCUGCGAGAGGACAGCAUUGAAGAGGACGGCAAAGUUCUCAAGGUGAAAGCUCUGGAGAAAGGCAUGGCUGUUCAUCGGGAAGCGUUCAAGGCCGGGUUUGAGCCGGACAUCUGUGUGAGCAGCACGCUGGUGGAUAUGUACUCCAAGUGCGGCAGCGUCCUCCAGGCUCGCCGGGUGUUUGACAGGAUGAAGCGCCACGAUGUGGUGUCAUGGACAGCGCUCAUACUCGGCUGUGCUCAAAACGACGAGGGAGAUAUGGCACUGGAGCUCUUCACAAAGAUGAGGCUUGAAGAGAAACGUUGCCAGCCCGACGAUCAGACGUUCGUUGCCGUGCUGAAGGCCUGCUCCACAGUUGCAUCGCUCGAGUUUGGAAAGAAGAUCCAUGCAGAUAUAUGCCGGUGUGGACUCGAGGCUGGCAGGCUUGUCACGAACUCGGUGGUGGAUUUCUACGGCAAGUGCGGGAGCAUGGUCGUGGCUCACCAGGUUUUCGAUUCCGCUAGAACAAGAGCCCGGGAUAUAAUCUCGUGGAACUCGCUCAUCACAGGCUACAGCCGCCACGGUGAAACCGACGCCGUCCUCGAGCUCUUUGCAAGGAUGGUGGAAGAAGGCUUCCAACCGGAUGGCAUCACCACACUGGCGGUCUUGAACGCGUGCUGCCAUGCCGGGCUGGUUGAAAGAGGGAGGAAGCUCUUCCAGGAGAUGUGCUCCCGGAAGGCUGCAAGCGUGACUAUGGAGCACUACCACGUCAUGGUGGACAUGCUAGGCCGGGCAAACAAACUCCAGGAGGCGGUGGAGAUGGCGGACUCGAUGCCUUUCGCAGCGAAUGUGGUGACUUGGACCAUCGUGCUGAGCUCGUGUCACAAGUGGAAGAGCUUGGAAUUUGGAAGGCUGGCGUUUGAGGCACUGGUGAAGCUGGAUGAGAAGCAGGCUGCUACUUACGUUCUCAUGGCCAACAUCUAUGGAAGCUUGGGCAUGGUUGAGGAGAAAGCUAGAGUUCAUGCGAUGAGCAGGAAGAUUGGCGCGUGGAAGAAGCCCGGAUCAAAGCUAUCCAGUGGUCAAAUCAGUCUCGAUUCGUUUGUCAAUUGUGGUGAUCAUCCUCAAAAGGAAGAUUCCCAAGAAAAACUUAUGACUGACAGACUUGUAAAUUAA